AAAAACAGAGCCACCAUUUUCACCAUUUUUUUGAAGCUCUGUUUGAAAUCCCCAAAAAAAGAAAUUCACUUUUCUUUCCCUUUAAUUUAACUUCUUCUUCUUUUUUCUUUUUGAUCUCUUACUGUGAAUUCCCUUAACUGCAUUUACUUUUUUUUUCUCUGAAAAAAAUAGGUUUAAUAACUGUAGAAAAUUAACAAAAUGGAGGGAUUGCCCACUGGUUACCGUCCCAACGUUGGUGUUUGUCUUAUAAACUCUGAUAAUCAGGUUUUUGUAGCUUCCAGAUUGAAUGUUCCCGGAGCUUGGCAGAUGCCUCAGGGAGGUAUUGAAGAUGGUGAGGAGCCAAGAUAUGCAGCUAUAAGGGAAUUACGAGAGGAAACUGGAGUCGUGUCUGCUGAAAUUAUCGCCGAGGUUCCGAAAUGGUUGACAUAUGAUUUUCCAACUGCAGUAAAGGCCAAAGUGAAUCGACUCUGGGGAGGCGAAUGGCACGGAAAUGCGCAGAAAUGGUUUCUUAUGAAAUUAACAAAAGACGAGAGCGAAAUCAACUUAGCAACCGGAGAGGUAGAACCGGAUUUUGCCGAGUGGAAAUGGGCAACUCCCGAAGAAGUAGUUGAGCAGGCAGUGGAUUAUAAAAGGCCAACAUAUGAAGAAGUUAUGAAGACCUUUCAGCCAUACUUUAGUGAUAAUGGCAAAGCCACCAAAUGUAAAUCAACAAAAUGGUGAAUGCAAUGGUCGUAAAAGUUCUACGAAGAAUUUAUAUUAAGAGUUAGAUUGUAUUUUGUCAUUUUUAUUUAAAAAAUGGGCAAAUUAAUCUCUGUAGGUUAGAAUAAAGAGUAAAUUAGUUUUUUUAUUAAAAAAUUCAUCUAUUUUUACAGUUAAAAAUUGGUCUAUGCACAUCAAGCACGCUAAUUUUUAACAGUACAAAUAAAUGAAAUUUUAAUGAAAUGAUUAAUUUACUCUUUGAUCUAAUGUAUAUGAAUUAAUUUACACAUUUUUGGGUAAAGAGAUAAAAUGCAAUCUAACUCCUAAUCUGAGCUUUUAGGUUAUUUUUACUAUGCAAUGGUGUGUUUUUGUAGGGUCAAAUUAUGAUUUUCAUCCAAUAUUAUAUUUAAUUUGAUGAUUUAGUCCUUGGUAUUUAAA